AUGAUACUUUCUUAUGCGACUAGAAGAAGAAGGGCUGUGCUAUUCUCUGUAUUCCUGCUCUUCACGGUGAUUAUCUUGAUCAAUCGAGGAGGCCCGCUGACUAAAAUCUAUCGAUCAGUAGAUCUCACAGAAGAACCCUGCAUCAAGCACCUAGCAAAAUUCAAUCAGAGACCGUUCAACUGGCCAACCUUCAUACCUUUUUUAUGGAAAGACAGUGAUGAGAUCAUCGAUAGGGUACGAAAAUUGCAAGAAUUCGAAAAAUGUGUGAUUCAAAAGGGUGCCGUUGAACUUGAAGCUAUGGAUGAUAUUCAGAGAAAGCUCUUUCCCUAUUUAAAUUUUGAAGCAGCAAUGAAUGAUAAAUUGAAUUUUUGGCCAAAAUGGACAAGGUGGGACCGAAGCGCUUACAGUGCCUCGAUGCCCCAUUUCUCCCUUUUGGACAACUCUUUCACGCACGUAGAAAGUGUAAAAUACAACCCAAAGACAAGUUUUUGGGAAAAUUGGUAUACGUCUAUGAUGCAGGCAAAUUCAAAAGGUAUAGUUAUCAGCAUUGGCGAUGGGCAAGUCGCUGACACUAUCAGGCUAAUCCACGUACUUCGAUACCUAGAUAACACUUUACCGAUCCAAUUGGUUCAUAAGGGUGACUUAUCUAGCGCUAAAGUGGAGGAGCUGUUCAAAGCGGCUCGUGAGCGUCGGUCAGAUGGAUCUCCACCACAAGAGCUAUGGAUUGUGGAUGUGAAAAACCUUCUCAAUCCUGCCAUGAUCUACGAAUUCAAAAGGUUUAGUAAUAAAUGGUUGGCUUUAUUGUUCUGCUCAUUCGAAAAACCUAUACUGUUGGAUGCUGACACUGUCCCGUUCACUAAAUUAGAAGAAUACUACGAUACUGAUCAGUUUAAAAAGUAUGGAACUGUUUUCUUCAAGGAUAGAACACUGACGGCUCAUAUGCUUAACAGAGGACAAAGGAGGACAUUGAAGAGGAUCUUUGACGGGCUGCUGACUUCUUCUGACAGGCAAUCCUCCGCGGACUCAUAUUAUGGCAUUCAAGAUCCAAUAGUGCAGAAAGCAUUGGAAAGAAUCCUUAAAAAGCGCCAGAAGCAUAUCAUGGAAAGCGGGUUGGUGGCCUAUGACAAGAAAAAACAUCUAUUUGGCUUGUUAACUUCCCUCGCUCUACAAUUCUCCCCUUUGAAUGAAUAUUUUCAUGGUGAAAAGGAGUGGUUCUGGAUUUCUCAACUAAUACGUGGAGUCCCCUUCAGCUUCCAUCCUGUCGAAGCUUCGAGUGUUGGAAGGAUAGAAAAGACAUCUGAAGAUGAGUUCCGUGUUUGCUCCGUUCAACUAUCUCAUACCGAACAAGAUGGAUCUAUUUUGUGGCUAAAUGGUGGACUAAGAACCUGUAAGUUUGACAAUUGGGACUGGGAAUACGAAAAUAAGCCGUCACUCAGCUCUGUGUUCAGUAGCGCCGAAGAUCUUAGAAAAGUUUAUCAGUCACCUGCGGUACUAGAGGCGGUUAUUUUGCCUGAAGCGGAAAUAAGGCCUUGGGCUGUCACUGAUUUCUGUAUGAGGUACCAUUACUGUACCUAUUAUAAAGAGAACGGACCAGGAAAGCUUAUUCUCUUCAACGAGGCCAAGAAGCGCAAGUACCAGAAGAUUGUCGAAACAUGGAAUCGUUAG